CUGCGCUCAUCCUUCGAUGUACUCCAAGACCAUCCUUGCGCGCCGAACGGCUCGGGCUUGGUUACAGGGAUCGCGUAGUGUCCGUGGUUUGGCGGGUGUCGCGACAAGCGUCGCACCUAACAAGAUGGCGGUCGCGACUCCACAGAAAGCACAGGAGCUGAUCGACAGGCUGAACGCAGAGUAUGAGAAGGUUCAUGUCGCCUAUGAGGAAAACUUCUGGGCGACCAAAAUGGCACUCAAGGGCGCCAGCUCCGACGCCCUGGCCUCCACCAAGACCGCCUACGAGGCCUUCCUGGGCGACCCCGCCCACCUGGCCGCGGUGCGGGCAGCACUGGCAGCAGCCACUGCAGCACCCGGAGCAGCUGGGGAAGCAGCAGCCGCCGUACCGGCAGCCGGGGAGGCGGCGGCAGCAGCAGGGGCGAAGGAGGCUGCUGACAGCGGAAGCAACAGCAGCAGCAGCGGCGAGCUGAGUGCGGAGGAGCAGGCCCGCGUGUUGCGCAUCAUGGAGCGGACCUUCGGGUGCUACAUCACGGAGGACCCACGGGCUGCGGAGCUGAAGGAGAAGAUCAAUAGCAUGGAGGCGGAGCUGGCGCAGGCCCGCAACCAGAUGUCUCUGGGCUACACCGACCCCGCCAGCGGCACCUUCCGACCCGCCUCCUCCGUUCAGCUGCGUAACAGCCUGCGGGUCAGCGACCAGGAGGCCACACGCAAGGCGUGCUACGAGGGUCUGCGCUCCAUCGGGCCCUUCGUGGCGGAGAAGUUCGUUGAGAUCGUUAAGCAGCGCAACCGCCUGGCAAAGCUGCUGGGCUUCGAGGACUUUUACGAUUACAAGGUCACGUCCGCGGAGGGUUUCGGCAAGUCGCGGCUGUUCUCCAUCCUGGACGACCUGGAGACGCGAACAGCCCCCAUCAUGGCCGCUGCCCGGGAGCGGCUGGCGCGGGAGAAGGGGGAGGCGGCGCUGGAGCCGCACAACCUGAGCUACUCGCUGGCAGGUGACACCGAGAAGGCGCAGGACCCGUACUUCCCCUUCGAGCUGGCGGUGGACGUGUGGGCGAGGACCUUUGCGGCGCUGGGCAUCAAGUAUAUGGACUCCACCAUGACCCUGGACCUAUGUGACCGCCCCGGCAAGUACUCCAACGGCUUCUGCCACUGGCCGCAAGUGGCCUGGCGCAAACCCGACGGAACCUUCGUGCCCGCGAAGGCCAACUUCACCAGCCUGGCCACCCCCAGCCAGGUGGGCAGCGGCCGCACCGCCCUAGCCACCCUGCUGCACGAGGGCGGACACGCGGCGCACUUUGCUAACAUCGACCAGCCUAGCCCCUUCUUCGGCCAGGAGCGCGCCCCCACCAGUGUGGCCUACGCGGAGACGCAGAGCAUGUUCCUGGACGCACUCAUGCAGGACGCGGCGUGGCUGGGCAGGUACGCGCUCAGCCGCUCCGGCGAGGUGCUGCCCUGGCCGCUGCUGUCCGCCGGCCUGACCGCCAGCCAGCCCUACGAGGUGUUCGCGCUGCGGGGCAUGCUGGCGGUGUGCUACUUCGAGAAGGCGCUGUACGAGCUGCCGGAGGGGGAGCUGAGCACGGAGCGGGUGCUGGCGCUGGCGGAUGAGGUGGAGGCGCGCAUUCAGGGCGGUCUGAGCCCCCGGCCGCUGCUGAGUGUGCCGCACCCGCUGUCCGACGAGUCAGCCUGCUACUACCACGGAUACGUGCUGGCGGAGAUGGCAGUACGGCAGUCACGUGCGCACUUCAAAUCCAAGUACGGCAACAUUGUGGACAACCCCAGCAUCGGCAAGGACCUAACGGAGGUCUAUUGGCGCCCCGGCAACGGCGCCCCCUUCCUGGACCUUGUGUCGCAGCUGACGGGGCGGCAGCUGGCUGCGGACGACUGGGUACACGAGCUGCAACGGCCGGUGGAGGAGGUGCUGCGCGAGGAGGAGGAGGCCUACAAGGCGGCGGUUGCUGCCGGUCCCGCCAUCCCGCCCGGGCAGCCCUUCGACCUGGGCAUGCGAGUUCGGCUGGUGCAUGGAGACGAGGUGAUUGCAGAUAGUGCGGAGGAGGGGGGGCUGGCGGGGGCCUGUGAGCGGUUCAAGAGCUGGGUGGGCGCCACGUUUCUGGAGCCAGCGAAGAAGGAGGCGGAGAGGGCGGCGGCGGAGGUGAAGGCGUGAGGAGGAGGAGAUGGGAUGGGAUGAGGUUGAGGAAGGAGGGAAGUGAAGGGGAUGACAGUAUGGAUAGGAUUGGAGAUUGAGAGAGAGAUGGAGAGUGAGGAAGGGUUUGGGGUUCGGUUCGGGGUUGCAUGGUGGCAGCAGCAGCAGCAGUGGAGGAGGGAGUUGAAGGGCAGCAGGUUGUUAGCAAGCUGGGGAGGCUGGGGAGGCUGAGGGUGAAGGGAGGAGUGCAUGGCGGGGGGAAGGAGUUGGGGUUGAGUGUUGUUGGAGGGCGAGUUGUGUGUACCGGUAUUGAUUCGGGAUCCGUUAUCGAGACACGCAGAGGCAGGCGGGGAUCUGUUUUUGGGACACUUCCCACUCGCCCUCUGUGCCCUAUGUGGGGACUUGUGUAGGGUUGUUGAAGUUUGAGAUACAUCGGCCAACAUUGGCUGUUGCAUAACCCGUGCCCACGCUGGGCCCAAGGCUUAGCUGUCCUUGCGUGCCCCGCUUGCGUAUCAGGAAGGCAUCUGUUUAAAAGCGUCCGUCUA